GCCCAUUUGGUAGCUUCAAAAAUUGAUCAAUAAAGUGGUAAAAUAUACAAUUCCUUCACUACUCAAAUCACAAAACUCAAACAUUUCUUAGUGGGGAAAUUUUUAAAUUGCAGUUAAACCAAUCUUGUCCUGUUUAAUUAAGAUACUACCUAUCACCUAACGUGGGUGGUGGGAAGUGGGAACCAACCAUGAAUCUUCCUGGAAGCAUUCAUUUCUUAGUUUUAGUUGUGUUUAUUGGGUACCAAAUAUACAAUUUAAUUAGUUAGACUAAGACAUUUAAUUUUUUUUUUUUAUUGAAGUUUUCUUGAAAAUCUGCCUGAAAUUCAGAAAAAAGGUAAAAUCUUUGAAGGUUUGACCCCUCUUUUUUUGGGUUUUUUGUUUAAGAAUUCUGUUUCUGAGCAAGGAACUAUUGGAUGCUUGUAAUUUGUGGGUUAUGCAACAAAAUUUUAGUACUUUGAUUCCAAAAAUAAAAAAAAAAAUCUGAAAUUUGUUUUUUGGUUUUUGGGUUUUGCUAUUUGAGAUGUGAAAAUUAGUGGGUCAUUUGAAGAUUUGAUUUUUUUGCUCAAAAGUUUCUGAGAUGGACUUAGUACAAGAAGAUUUGAACAUUGAUGGAAAUUUGGAACAAGUUGUUAUAGAAGAAGCUUCUGAAAUCACUCCUCUUAGAGAAAGAAAUUUUCUGAAACCCCAUUUUCCUGGUUUUGUAAGAAGAUGGGCUUAUAUAUUUGAUGGUAAUGGUAACUAUUAUACCAAAGACUGGGAUCUUUCAGAAGGAAAAAACAAUGAAUUUUGUUGGUAUCAUGUUGAACUUCCAAGGGUUAAUCAAAAUAUUUCACUUUCUGCAAAAUACCUAAUUGAUGUUCUUUGCCCUCCAUUAAAACUUCAAGACAUUCUUUCACUUAUUAGUAAUGGAUCCUUUUGUGGGUAUGUUGAUGGUGCCCUUGUUUUUAGGGUAAACUCCCCUGGACCCACAUCUAGUGCUUACAUUUCUAGGCUUGCUGCAAGGAUUACUAAGAACUCAGUUAUUACUGUUUCAUUAGGUAGAAUUCCAAGACUUGGGUUCUCAAAAUCAGGCCAGUCUUUGUUGUCUGAGAUUCCGGUUGUCGACACGCCUAGAUGUCGAAAUGGGGAGCAAAAGGAAGGAGGGGUUGUGAUCAAGGAGCAUGUGCUCGAGUUCUUGUUGACGAUGAACCAUACCGAGGAGGCGGAUAAUCCUGUCCCAAGCUCGGUGUCGAAUCUUGUGAUUCAUGUUAUUGAUACAUUUGUGGAUCAUUUGCAGGAUAUUGUGACCAAACUUGAGAAUGAGUUAGACUCAGUUGAACUAGAGCUUGAUAGAGGUGGUUUUGCAUUGAAGAAGCAGAUGCUAGAUGAUAGAAGAUUUCCCAAAAUGCAUCUUAAUCUUCAAAGGUUACUACAGGUAAUAGCACAUGGAGAGCAAAUAUUUCCACGAGUCAAAGAAAAAUGUUCCUCGAAACCUUGGUUUUCCCAAGAAGACACUGUCUCUCUCGAAGAGUUGAUUGGACGACUUAGAAGACUCAAAGAGAACGUUGGUUUUAUAGCAAAUCGCGUAACUGCAAUCCAGGCUAGUCUUGAUAGCUGGCAGUCCGAACAAAUUAACAAGAAACUAUACUAUUUGUCGUUCCUUUCCAUCGUAUUCCUUCCUUUGUCUUUCAUCACCGGAGUUUUUGGAAUGAAUGUGGGAGGAGUUCCAUGGACGAUUCAGAAAAGCCCCGAUAUCAAGGAUGGCUUUCAAAACGUCUUGUUGCUUUGCCUGUUUACGCUUGUGGUAGUGCUUCUUUGCUUCUUUUUUGCAUCCCUUUAUACCCGUAUCAAUGCUUGGAGGAACCGGAAAAGCUUGCAACGAAACUGGUCUAUGAACCGAAAAUCAUUCCUCAGACGAACUUCAGGAGCCGUACACCAAGAAAAAGAAGGUUAUCUUCGAAUUUGAAAAGUCCGUUUCUAGUUGCUUGUUCUUCAUUCUACCUCUACAUUCUAUGCUAUUCCGACUCUUGAUUUCAUCUCAAGCACCCUAUGUAAAAUCCUCGAGUUUCAACAUGGGCGAACACUUAACUUUUCAUUGUGGAUCAAGACGUGAAAUUUUCCAAUCGCCAAGUUUCGAAGGCCCCGAGUUUGAGUGAUCAUUAUCAAGAGGAAACCAAUGUGAUCUUGUGGGGAAAAGACAAGAUUCAGAUGCCCAGAAUUUCACUUGAACUGUUAUGAACUAGAAACUAUGCCACCAUUGAAGUUGAAAUUGUUGCUUCACAAAUUUUACAUGUAGUAAUACAAUGUACAGAUUCUUUUAAUUCUUCAUUUUUUAAACCUUGAAAUGUUCCAAUUUUAUCCUAUGCCUCUACAAUCAAAGAGACUAUUUAAUAUCCUCAUAUGAACUUAGCUUGCCUAUUUUUGUUUCUCUUGUGUUUCUAGUGUCUUAAUUUUUGGGUUAACUCGUGUGAUGAAAUUGUGAUCUUAAGGAGGCUUUGUGUUAGUUUAGGGGUGUGGCGAUAGCUUCUUAAUAAAAGUUCGAAAAAUUGUUCGGAAGUACCAUCUGAUGUAAAUAAUCCAUAUUAUUGAUUCUAAACAAUCCAACUUUUGUAUACUUUUGU